AUGGCGGUGUCGGUGAGGCAAUGCACACUCAUGACACAACUCAGCGAACAACGGCAAACACGACCAAGCAAUGUCAAUGUCAAUGUCAAGGUCGUCUAUGGAGAACGGAGCUCGACAAAGCUAUCUACCAUCAUCACAGCAGCAGCAGCAGCAAGUAGCCAACCGCUAUGUACCACCACCACAGCAGCAGCAAGUAACCAACCGCUAUCUAACACCACCACAGCAGCAGCAAGUACCCAACCGCUAUCCACCACCACCAUGGCAACAGCAAGUACCCAACCGUCAUCUACCACCACCACGGCAACAGUAAGUACCAAACCGUCAUCUACCACCAUUACAGCAGCAGCAAAUACCCAACCGUCAUCUACCACCAUCGCAGCAGCAGCAAGUAAUCAUAAGCUAACUACCACAACCACAGCAGCAGCAGCAGCAGCAAGUAACCAACAGCUAUCUACCACCAUAACCGCAGCAGCAGUAGCAAGUAACCAACAGCUAUCUACCACCACCACAGCAGCAGCAGCAGCAAGUAAACAACAGCUAUCUACCACCACCAUAGCUGCAGCAAGUAACCAACCGCUAUCUACCAUCACCGCAGCCGCAGCAGCAAGUAACCAACCGCUAUCUACCACCACCACGGCAACAGCAAGUAACCAACAGCUAUCUACCACCACCACAGCAGCAGCAGCAGCAAGUAACCAACAGCUAUCUACCAUCACCGCAGCAGCAGCAGCAAGUAACCAACAGCUAUCUACCACCACCACAGCAGCAGCAGCAGCAAGUAACCAACAGCUAUCUACCACCACCGCAGCAGCAGUAGCAAGUAACCAACAGCUAUCUUCCACUACCGCAGCAGCAGCAGCAAGUAACCAACAGCUAUCUACCACCACCAGAGCAGCAGCAGCAGCAGCAAGUAACCAAUACCUAUAUACCACCACCACGGCAGCAGCAGCAAGUAACCAACCGCUAUCUACCACCACCACGGCAACACAGCGUCAGCAAGUUGCUAACAGUUAUCUACCACCAUGGAGGAAGCAGCAAGAACCAAACCGUUAUCUACCAUCCUCGCAGCAGCAGCAAGUAACCAACCGCUAUCUACCACCACAGCAGUAUCAGCAAGUAACCAACAGCUUCAUACCACAGCAGCAACAAUUAACCAACAGCUAUCUGCCACCACCACAGCAGCAGCAAGUACCAAACAGCUAUCUGCCACCACCACAGCAGCAGCAAGUACCAAACAGCUAUCUGCCACCACCACAGCAGCAGCAAGUACCAAACAGCUAUCUAUCACCACCACAGCAGCAGCAAGUAACCAACCGCUAUCUACCACCACAGCAGCAUCAGCAAGUAACCAACAGCUUCAUACCACAGCAGCAACAAUUAAACAACAGCUAUCUACCACCACCACAGCAGCAGCAAGUACCAAACAGCUAUCUGCCACCACCACAGCAGCAGCAAGUACCAAACAGCUAUUUGCCACCACCACAGCAGCAGCAAGUACCAAACAGCUAUCUAUCACCACCACAGCAGCAGCAAGUAACCAACAGCUUUCUGCCACCACCACAGCAGCAGUAA